AUGCAAUUCCAAAACAUCAAAAAAGAAUUAUUUGUUAAAUAAACACCAAAACAUGAAAGUUGUAUUGCUAAAAUUUUCAAUUACAAUCCUUCUUAAAAAAUGAAGGUUCCUAAAAAGCAAAUAUUGCAAUCAGAAUAACCAUUAUGUAAUUAGGUAUUUAUAGGUGAGCUAUUUUUUGAUUGCUAAAUCCCUUGA